AUGAUCAACUACCAAUCUGCCCCGCGCGCUCCGACAAUAAACGUUCGCGAUAAAACCUUGGAAAAUGAGUGUCACGUUCCCUACCUCGGGAGACACCUCUCAGAGAAAGGAGGUAUCGUUUGUGGCUCCGAUAUUUGGCAACAGUUUAGAGGCCAGCGAUUUCCAUGGAGAAACGUGAAACCCGGUGUUGAAUCGAAGUUUGGCUCCUACUUCCGAAAGUCUGAGGUGCAAAGUUUAUCUCCAUUGAGUGGUGUAGUUGUUCAAUGUAGGGAGCAUAAUCUGCUGGUGAGGGUGCACGUGGAUUUAUUUAGAACAAAGCACCUCAUUAAAGCUGCUGACGUGACGCUGGAGAGAGCAGGUUGUCGGCCAACAUCCAUCUACACUCAAAACCACACCAUUUUCUUUGAUUAUGGACUGUAUGUGUAUGGUAGUGAACUGCAGAUGGUUGGCGAUUACCUUGUCUACACCACCCACCUGAACCACACUCCCCAGGCUCAUGGAGCGACUAUUGUGCGAACUAAUGGAGCAAUUGUUCCCGUUCAAUGCCGUUAUUUCAGGAAAGGCAACGUGAGGAGUAACCCAAUGAAACCCACCUGGAUACCAUUCAGCUCUACCAGGUCCGGAGAGAGACGUCUGUCAUUCUCCCUGUGGCUAAUGAAUGAUGACUGGCUGACAGAGCAUAGUUCGACCACGUACUACCUGGGUGAGCUCAUUCACAUCGAGGCUUCUAUUUCAAUGAUUAACCACAUGCCCCUGAAGCUCUACAUUGACCGCUGUGUAGCAACAUUGAGCCGGGACAAGUACUCCACCCCAAGAUGCAUCAUUGACUACAAUGGUUUCCUCCUGGACAGCGCGGCUGAGGAUUCCUUUUCUGCUUUCGUGUUGGCAGGAGCUGAACGUGAGGUGGACAAGCUCCGUUUUGACUUGGAUGCCUUCCGAUUCUUUGGAGAUGAGCGUUCCUUGUUCAUCACCUGUCGCUUGAAAGUCGCUGCAGUUGAUCAGAUCGAUCCCGUGAACAAAGCUUCUACUUUCCAGAAGACGCAGAACAUGUGGGCCCCACUGGAAGAAACAAGCGUCGAUAUCUGUUCCUGUUGUCGUGUGGGCGACUGCACUGCCACAAGGGAGGGUGUGGUUCAUUCCAGAGACGGAGGGACCAUCAAACUAAGGCUGAAAGAUGGUGGAAUGAACUGGGAGGUCGAUGCCUCCCUUGGACCACUGAUCAUCCUGGAGCCCGAAGUGACCGACCUGGCAACCCAGUCCUUCCAUGAGACGGAGCAACGUGGGCGGGAGACUUCGCCAGCUGGAGAGUUCUUCAAUCUCCUACCCACGCCCCUCGCAACAGUUUCCUUCAUUAACAACUGUUUGGUUCCUUUAGAUGGUGUGAUAUCUGAAGCGGUCGUGCUCGUGGCCCUGGUCGUGACAGCUGUCUUUCUCGCCACCACUACUUUGAUCGUCAUUUUCUUGUACAGGAAACGCAAGCAAACUCCGUUCAACUAG